GGUAACACGAAACGCAAUCUCUCUUCAACCAUUCAUCGCCUACGCUACGCUACUCCUCUCCAUUCUCACACACUACUCAUUUCAAUUCUCUUAUAUAUUAAUCAAUACUAAUUUACACUUCGAAUUCACCUAACAAUCCAAAAUCCUUAAUUUCAAUUAAAAAUGUUACUAUUUUCUCCUUCUUCCCUCCCCUUUUUAUGCUCAUUUCCCGCCAAUUUCCCCUCCAACAGCCCCAAACGACGUUCGUACACGUCGUUUAAUCAAUUCCCACCGCCUCAACCUGUUACGAACCGCCGCCGUGGGUACAGUGAGGACGUGGACGCGUUUACUGAGAAAUCUGGAUAUAUAUUUGAGCUCAGUGAGAAAGACGCAGAGUCAUUGAGUAAUUACGACAUUGGAAAAAUUAUUCAAGUUUGUAAGAAAAAACCGUUGAUUUUGAUUCGUAGAUUGUUUCAAAUCGGUACUACUUUUGGUAGGUGGUUCGGUGCUAGAUACUUAGAUAGCUUUGCUGAUAAAUCCGAUCAAAUGUUCAAGAUUAGAGCUGCGGAAUUGCGGAGAAUUUUGCUAGAACUUGGACCUGCCUAUAUAAAGAUUGCACAAGCUAUUUCGUCUCGAGCUGAUUUGAUUCCACCAUCGUAUCUUGAUGAACUUUCCUUGUUGCAAGAUCGGAUAGCACCAUUUUCAUCGGAACUUGCAUUAUUUACAAUAGAACAGGAACUUGGGUUGCCAAUAGAUGAGGUUUUCUCAGAGAUUUCCCCUGAGCCUAUUGCUGCAGCAUCCCUUGGCCAGGUCUAUAAAGCAAGGCUUCAUAGCGGUCAGAUUGUGGCAAUUAAAGUACAAAGGCCAGGAGUCCAGGCUGCUAUUGCCCUAGAUAUACUCAUCUUGCGUUUCAUAGCUGGAGUAGUGAAGAAAACUGGAAAAUUUAACUCUGAUCUUCAGGCAAUUGUUGAUGAAUGGGCAUCAAGUCUUUUCCGGGAGAUGGACUAUGUGAAUGAAGCAAAUAAUGGAACCAAGUUUAGGAAGCUAUAUGGCAGUAUCCAAGAUGUUUCAGUUCCAGAAAUGUACAUGGAGCACACAACUCGUAAGGUCCUUGUUAUGGAAUGGAUUGAGGGUCAAAAGUUGACAGAAACAAGUGACAUUUACUUGAUUGAGGUAGGAGUUUACUGCUCACUUAAUCAACUUUUGGAGUAUGGAUUCUACCAUGCUGAUCCACACCCAGGAAACUUUCUACGUACAUGUGAUGGGAAACUAGCUUAUUUAGAUUUUGGAAUGAUGGGUGAAUUUAAGCAGGAACUCCGUAAUGGGUUUGUUGAAGCUUGUCUCCAUCUUGUAAAUAGUGAUUUUGAUGCAUUGGCUGAUGACUUUGUUACUCUUGGGCUUCUUCCACCAACUGCAGACAAGAAGGCUGUUACAGAAGCUUUAAUAGGUGUUUUUCAAAAUGCUGUUGAAAAAGGAGUCCGCAACAUAAGUUUUGGAGACCUUGUGGAGAAGUUGGGAACUACCAUGUACGAGUUCAAAUUUCAAAUACCUUCAUACUUCUUUCUCGUCAUUCGGAGUCUUGCAGUCUUGGAGGGCAUUGCUAUCGGUUUUGACCCAAAUUACAAAGUUUUGAGUAGCACAUAUCCGUGGAUUGCUAGAAAAGUUCUAACUGACAGCUCGCCUAAGCUGAAGUCUUCUUUGCAAGCUCUUCUUUACAAGGAAGGUGCUUUCAGAAUUGAUCGACUAGAAUCUCUGCUUUCAGAGUCAAUGCGUGCCCGUGCUGAAAGGGCCUUAGAUAAAAGACAGACGGAAGGGUCUGCUGCCCGAGUGGCUAUUAAGGAAAUCCUUUCCUUCACAUUAACUGACAAGGGUGCCUUUGUGAGGGAAAUAAUUCUUCAAGAAGUUGCUAAGGGUUUGGAUGCACUAGGGGUUGUGACAUUUGAUUCAUUAACUUCUGCUGCUACUGCGAGCAUACCCUUUUAUACACCCCUUUCAUCCUCUUCAAUGACCGAGGAAGACGUAAAGAAUUUGAGAACGCUGCGUCGCCUCAUGCUACUGUGGUCACAUUCACAAAUGAAAAGCGGUCUUGUCAUGGAAGUUAAAGGGAGUACCAGAAACCAGAUUCAGAAUUUGUACCUGGAAGAAGCAUUGCCUAUUUUUGAUCGUCUUUCAUCAGUUCAGGAUAUUAUGCCUAUCCUCUCUGUUAUUUCCGAGUUACCGCCAGAACUGCAACGGCAGUUACUUCUUAUGCCUGGUGAUCUGGCUGGAAGGUUGGUUUCUCGUGCAGUUGCUAGGACUGUCAGGCGGAUGUUUCUUUGACGUAAAUUAUUUUUUUGGGGAAGCAUGAUCAGGCAGUUUGUAUUUCGUAGAUAAACUAUUAAAGCAUGGCUCAUAUUCACCCUCCAAUGAGAAGGCAAGGAUAGAAGUUACAAAAACUACCUGGAUCUGGGUAAUUUUUUUGGAUUUUUACAUUCUUCUUUUCUUCCAUUACUCAAUCUCAUAGUUCUCCAAUUUGUUGGUUGGAAGUGAAUUCCAAUCACAUAGUGUAGUUUGCAAGAAAUAUAAGAUGUUAUAAAUGUGGGUACAAUUAAAAGUUCAUAUAUCAUUUGCUUGUUGGUA